AUGAAAUCGGGAAUAACGAAAAACGAAGAUGAAAUAUUAAAAUCCGUAUUCGUAUCACAAUCUAAUAAUAUUUUCACUAACCUCGCCAUUGAAGAUUGGCUUUAUAGAAACACGGAUUUUAACAGGCAUCACGUUCUUUUAAUUUGGAGAAAUUGUCCGACCGUUGUCGUCGGACGACAUCAAAAUCCUUGGCUCGAAUCGAACAUGGGGUAUUUGGCUGAAAAUGGUAUCGAUGUGGCAAGGAGAAAUAGCGGAGGUGGCACGGUUUAUCACGAUACGGGUAAUCUUAAUUUGAGCUUUUUCACACCGAGAGAAAGAUACAAUAGAAAACACAAUCUGCAAAUAAUAACUCGUGCUUUGAAAAAAGAAUGGGAUUUGAAUGUUGAUAUAACGGACAAGGAUGAUUUGAUUUUGGAUAAUCGCAAAGUGUCUGGAACGGCGAGUAAAUUGGGAAGACCGAACGCUUAUCAUCAUUGCACCCUUUUAAUCAAUGCCAACAAAUUGAAUUUGAAACAAAGUUUGAAUGCGAACAGAGAUGGAUUUGAAACGAAUGCAACCAAAAGUGUGCCUUCACACACGAAAAAUUUAGCUGAUAAUAAUGAUAAUAUAAAUUUUGAACGUUUGCUUAAUGCAAUCGGUUGGGAAUAUUUGAGAACAACAGCUCUCACUCUUGAAGAUGGUGGAAAUGAAUUGAUAGGGAAACAAAGGGGAUUUCAACUCAUCAAUCCUACAGAUCAAUGGUUUCCUGGUUUGGAUAAAAUAAGAGAUGAAUUUACAAGUUGGGAAUGGAGGUUUGGUAAAACGCCCAAAUUCACGGUUACAAAAUCAUUUCCCAUAUUUGACGAUCCAGCUGAGAAAGUAAACGGUCACAAUUUGAAAGUGACUCUCAAAGUUGAAAAAGGAAUGAUAGCGGACGUGUCGUAUCAAUUGCCGGAAAACAAAACGGGUUCCGUUUCCCCCUGCUGUCGCGACCUUCUAUCAAAUUUGUAUGGGAAAAAAUUUUCAUCACAAACGUUCGAUUUGAUUGAAAAAUCAUUGAGUUUCGACGAGAAAAAAGAAAAUAUGAAAACGGCUUUGAGAGCAUGA